AACGCACUUCACGACUCUAGACAGUCACUUCCACUCUGUAUUAUUUCGGUGGCGCAAUGAUUUGUUGUUGAUAUUGCAACGCUUCCUCAUUCGCCCUCACCUCCACCCCCAGUCGCCGCCGACCCGAUCUGAUUUCGAACGAGACGUUCGUGUGUGGAAGCUCUCGAACUAUACAUCCCUCCACCCCUCAACACACAGCCACGAUGCCGCAGCCUUUGCCCAGCAAGGAGCAGACGCUCUUUCGCUCUGUCGUCAAAUACUAUGAGGGCAAACAAUACAAGAAGGGCCUCAAAGCCGCCGACCAGAUCCUCAAGAAGCACCCGAACCACGGCGAUACACAAGCCAUGAAGGCGCUCAUUCUCAACUCGCAGGGACAUGGCGAGGAGGCAUUCGCACUCUGCAAGGCCGCCCUCAAGAACGACAUGAGGUCGCACAUCUGCUGGCACGUCUACGGUCUGCUAUGGCGUUCAGUCAAAAACUACGAAGAGGCGAUCAAGGCUUACAAGUUCGCACUGCGGAUAGAACCGGGCUCGCUGAACAUCCUGCGCGAUCUCGCCCUCCUCCAAUGCCAGAUUCGCGAUUACGAGGGCUACAUCGAGAGCCGGCGGAAGAUGAUGCAGGAACGCCCUCAAUUGCGCCAGAACUGGACCGCUUUGGCUGUAGCCUUCCACUUAGCAGGCAAUCUGACCGAGGCAGAGAACAUCCUUAAGACCUACGAGGAGACGCUGAAGCAAACACCGCCGAAGGGCGAUAUCGAACACUCCGAAGCCGUUCUCUACAAAAACACGAUUAUUGCCGAGCAAGGUGAUAUCGAGCGCGCGCUGAAGCAUCUAAAUGAGGUCAUCAAAAGCAACUUGGAUCGCACAUCUGCCUACGAGCUGCGCGCGAAGUACCUCUUGGACCUUGGGCGCACGGAGGAGGCUGAGGAGGCAUAUCGCAAGUUGCUGGAAAGAAACUGUGAGUACCGGGCUUAUUUCGAUGGACUCGAGAAGUCGCUUCGUCUCAGCCGCGACAACGAAGCAGAUAUUGAGAAGCUCGCGGAACUUUACCAAUCGUACGCCCAAAAGAACAACCGCAAUGAUGCGAGCAGACGCGUGCCCCUGGAAUUCUUGUCCGGCGAUGCGUUCAAGACUGCCGCAGACGCAUACCUUCGCUGGAAGUUGAACAAGGGUGUCCCAUCCACCUUUCCUAACAUCAAGUCGCUGUAUGCCGAUGCUGAGAAAAAGGCCAUCAUCGAAGGUUUGGUUCUUGGGUACGAGUCGGAGAAGAGGGCGAGCGGAUCUGCCAAGGAGGAGACCAAUGGCGACAACUCAGGCCGUUUUGAGCAGUCUGUACUCUACUUCUUGGCGCAGCACUACAAUUACGUCCUGAGUCGCGACCUCAAGAAGGCCAACGAGUACAUUGACCGACUCAUUGAACUCGACCCUAAGUCCGUUGACUACCACCAGACGAAGGCGCGCAUUCAGAAGCACACCGGUAACGUCAAAACGGCUGCCGAGACGAUCAACUACGCACGCGAGCUCGACGAGCGCGACCGUUACAUCAACACAAAAUGCGCCAAGUACCAGCUUCGUGCCAACGAGAACGAGAAGGCGUUAACAACCAUGAGCAAAUUCACAAGAAAUGAGGCAGCCGGUGGUCCGCUCGGUGAUUUGCACGACAUGCAGUGCAUGUGGUUCCUGCUGGAGGAUGGAGAGGCGUAUGCGCGCCAGCAGAACUAUGGCUUGGCUUUGAAGCGCUUUACCGCGAUAGCAGACAUCUUUGACGUUUGGCAUGAAGACCAAUUCGACUUCCACAGCUUCUCAUUACGAAAGGGACAGAUCCGCGCUUAUAUUGACAUGAUCAGAUGGGAAGACCACCUCCGCGACCACCCCUUCUUCACGAGAGCAGCCAUCAACGCAAUAAAGAUCUACCUCAAGCUCGCGGACGACCCCAAGUUGGCAAACCCCAACCAGGAGGACCUCAGUAAGCUUGACCCCACAGAACGAAAGAAAGCCGAGAAGAAGGCAAAGAAGGAGCGUGAGAGGAAAGAGAAGGAGGAGGCUGAUAGAAAAGCGGCCGCUGCCGCUAAGGCGACGGCUAAGGCAGAUGAUGAGGAUAAGAAGAAGGAAGACACAGAUCCUACAGGCGAGAAGCUGUUGCAGACCAAGGAGCCGUUGGAGGCUGCUCAGAGGUUCUUGGUGCCCAUGCUUGAGCUCAGCACUAAGAUCGUUGAGGCACAGAACGUUGGAUUCGAGGUCUACCUCAGAAGACAGAAAUACCUGCUUGCUCUUAAAUGUUUGCAGGCUGCACGGGAGCUGGACUCUGAUAACCCCAAGGCCCAUGAGCAGAGCGUGCGCCUACGUCAAGCUCUCAGCAAAGCUUCAGAUCUCCCAGCCGAAGUAGCCCAGGUCAUGAAGGAGACUUUUACCACACCUGCCGCCGACGCUGAUCUGAAGACCUAUAACGAUGAGUUCAUCAAGAACCACUCGGAGAGCGCAUCACACCUCCAAGCCGGAUAUAGCGCUCGUUACGCCCUCGAAAACAGCACAAAGAGCCAAAACGAAACAGACCUUGUCAAGACACUCGAUCUUUCAAGCAUUACACCCGAGCAGGCACAGCAUGGUCUCGCGCUGCUAGGCGAGUGGAAGAGCGACGAGAAGAUUCAGGAUGAUUACAGGAGCAAGGCAUCGAGCAAGUGGUGCGACGCUUCAGUGUUCAAGAAGUAGAGCGAUUCUCAGCGCAUGUGCUUUGCUGGCGUUUGCAGGGCGCCGAUGCCCUUCAGCAUAGCGGUGUUGUGUUGGCGCGUAUGGACAUGGAAAAGCAUACCUGCGUGGGCGGCGUCUUUAUACACUCUGGAGCAAAAGCUCCGAGGAUGAAUAUCACAAGAAAGCUGUACGACGAUACAUGCCGUUCCACAUUGUGCAAGUGUUGUUAGUAGUUACCAAGCUGAUGUAUGCACGUACAUACCAGGCACGCGCAAGAAACGGCUUCCGAAAGGGCGCAGGUAAGCGUAGAGGCCGAGGAGUAUUCCGUAGGGUAGUCGCCAUCCGCAGAUGCAUGCACACUACCAUGACCACGAUUGUAUCGAGUCUUCAGCAUGACGUAGCGCAGACGCUUUAGGUUGAUGCGAUAUCAAUCAAACUCUAUCCAAGCCUUCUGGCGCUGCAUGACGAAAGACUAAACAGCCU